UCUUUUAUUUGCUUAUUUCAGGAUGUAAGUCAGAGUAAAGCAGAAAAUGUCCUCUCAACGGACUUCUUGGACAAGUUUGUCCACUAUUCAGAAAAUAGCACUUGGCCUUGGAAUUCCCGCCAGUGCAACAGUUGCCUAUAUCUUGUACCGCAGAUACAGAGAAAGCAGAGAAGAGCGUUUGACGUUUGUCGGGGAAGACGACAUUGAGAUAGAGAUGCGAGUGCCCCAGGAAGCGGUGAAACUAAUCAUUGGCAGGCAAGGAGCCAACAUUAAACAGCUGCGGAAGCAGACAGGUGCUCGGAUUGAUGUCGAUACGGAAGAUGUGGGUGAUGAGCGGGUGCUGCUUAUCAGUGGCUUUCCUGUUCAGGUGUGCAAGGCCAAAGCAGCCAUCCAUCAGAUCCUGACAGAAAACACCCCAGUGUCUGAACAGCUCUCGGUUCCCCAGAGAUCUGUGGGCAGGAUCAUAGGGAGAGGUGGUGAGACAAUUCGUUCCAUCUGUAAGGCCUCUGGAGCAAAAAUCACGUGUGACAAAGAAUCAGAGGGAACGUUACUACUGUCAAGACUCAUCAAAAUCUCAGGCACGCAGAAGGAGGUGGCAGCAGCCAAGCAUCUGAUACUGGAGAAGGUUUCAGAAGAUGAAGAACUCCGGAAAAGAAUUGCUCAUUCUGCGGAAACCAGAGUCCCACGCAAGCAGCCUAUCAGUGUAAGGCGGGAGGAAGCACCAGAGGCUGGUGGGGCUGGAGAGCCUGCUUCUUGGAAAGCCGUGGAGCCGGCGUCCGCACCAGCCCGGCCUCCUCACUCCGGCGUCAGUGACGUGGUUGGUGUCGGGCCAGAAGAAGGGCCCUGGGAGAAACCCAGUGAUGACAGCUUUCAAAAGUCUGGCGAUGUCAGUCCAGAGAUGCCCAUGUUUGAAAUUCCCAGUCCUGACUUCAGUUUCCAUGCUGAUGAGUUCCUGGAAGUCUAUGUCUCUGCCUCUGAACAUCCUAACCACUUCUGGAUCCAAAUCAUCGGCUCCCGAAGCCUGCAGUUGGAUAAGCUGGUCAGUGAGAUGACCCAGCACUAUAAUCAUAGUCCGCCUGAAGACUUGAUUGUGAACGUAGGUGAUAUCGUAGCUGCACCUUUACCUACAAAUGGUUCCUGGUAUCGAGCCCGGGUCCUUGGUACCUUGGGAAAUGGAAAUAUGGACCUCUACUUUGUUGACUUUGGAGAUAAUGGAGAUUGCCCGCUGGGGGACCUCAGGGAACUCAGGAGUGACUUCCUAAGCCUUCCAUUUCAAGCAAUAGAGUGUAGCCUGGCUCGGAUCGCCCCCAAAGGUGAACAGUGGGAAGAAGCAGCCUUAGAUGAGUUUGACAGACUUACUCACUGUGCUGACUGGAAGCCUUUGGUUGCCAAGAUCUCUAGCUACGUCCAAACUGGAGCGUCAACUUGGCCCAAGAUCUACUUAUAUGAUACUAGUAGUGAGAAGAAAAUUGAUAUUGGGCUGGAAUUAGUUCGUAAAGGAUAUGCAGUUGAACUUCCUGAAGACACAGAAGAAAACAGAGCAUUGUCGCAGGAAAUGACCAGAGAAGCAGAUGCGUCUCUUGGCAGCUUGCUUGCAGAGACCAAGAAGGGCCCUGAAGAGAUCCCGAAGGCCCUGUCCUGCCUCAGCCUCUCAGAAGCUGCCUCUAUGUCUGGUGAUGAUAAUCCUGAAGACGACUUAGUCUGAAGUGGACUCCACACCUCAGCCAUCUGCUUUGCUGAUUUGGUGCCUACGGAAA